AUGUGCUUCCCAGUUGGCGGGCUACUCCCAUAUUUGGCACUUCGGUCGGUAGCAUAUAUAUGCGUGUUUGGAGACAGCAGCAGGGCUCCGGAUCUGAUACGUGAGGCGUUUGAAAGUCCGCAUUUCAAGAGGUUUGAUGGUGCUGGGACGUACAAGGAGGCCAAAGGGAGAUGUGGAAUGAGGUUUGCGGACGUGGUGAAUGGAGCGUUUGGGCAGAUCAGCGAUAUGGCGGAUAAGGUUGGGAAGGGAGAGCCAGAGGUUUGGUGUAUUUGGAAGAAGAGAGGAGAGGUGGAGAUGCUUCUGAAGGUUAAGGAGUACAGGAAAGGCUAUGGAUCAGGGAAAAGAAGGAGGAGAUAG